AGUUGCUGCUACAUAUGGGAGAAGAGUAAAAUAAAUUUGCUAUGGAUACUAAAACAGUUUUAAUGAUAGUUAUUCUUCUAUUUUUUAUUGCAGGAAAUGAUGGAUUACCAAGCGGUUGUUCUACAGCAACUUUAAUCGCUUCUAAUAAGAAAAUCGAUAUUUUUGUAUACAAGAGAAGUUUUGGCGAUUCAGCUACAAAAUGUUGGAUUGUGAAAAAAACAAAAAAAUCAUCACGAUGGACUAUUUUUUUGCAGUUGGAGAAAUUAAUCAUACUCGGCAAUAAUGACUGCAACAAAGCUUAUUUCGAAAUAAGGAGUGAAUCGUUCUCAAAACGUUGGUGUUCAUCAAUGCCAAACAAUACAGAAACUGUUACGCAGAGUAAGGAGUUGAACAUUAUUUUUCAUUCUGGAAAAGAGGAUUCAGAAUUUCGGAUUAGAUACGAAAUGAGAAAAGUCAAUUCGAAAAGAUUCGGAACUUGGGUAAAAGUUGGGUGUGCUGUUACAGGGGCUUUACUGUUAAUAAGUGCAGGCUUCCUAAUGUUCAGAUAUUGUUACUUAAAAAAGGAAGAUCCAACAGCAAUAAGACACGGUGAUACUAUUGUCUAUCAACAGGAAACUGUACCAGUAUCUUAUACAGCACCUCCAGCUGAUGUUAAGGGAUUACCGCCCUAUAGUGGUUAUGAUCCACCGCCAUCCUAUGGAAUGAUAAAUAAAUAACUAUUAAUAGAAUAGCAUAAUCAAUCUAUAAAAAAACAAAGUAAUUAUCGAUUCGUUAAAUAUAAAAAAAGGAAAACAUGUAAAAAAUGAUAUUUUUAAAUAGAAACAAAGAGAAAAGGACAUCUAACUUUUUUCUAUUAUUUAAUUACUUACUUUAUAAUAAGUUAAGCGUAAUAUUUAUGUUCUUUUGCGCUGUAAAAAAACUUGUAGUAAAAGAGAAAGUUGAUAUUAAAGUAUUUAUAAGACAAUUUGAAAAAAUAAAAGAAAUAUCACAUUAAAAAUAUGAAUGUAAUAUUUUACCUUUCACUUGCCUGUCUAUUGACUCUAUGUACUGUUAUUAUCAUUUUUUAAUCAAUAAAGAUUAAAUUUUUCUCAUUUAAUAUAGGUAAUAAUUCAAUACUUAUACAGUAUUUAUAAUGAUAUAUUGUUUCGUUUAGGGAUUAAAGAAAAAUCACGUACUUCUGUAGUUUAGUCGACUGUCAUUAGUUUAUACUUCACAGACAAAACCUUAGACAAAAUACCAAGAGUGGUAGAUAGAAGAAGAGAUAAUAAGAAAGAGAUUUUC